AUGGAUGGUUUGCAAGGAUCCAGUACGAACGUUAACCGGAAACGGAGGAGCAAUUUCCUGACGCUGGUGGAGAAGGUUCGCAUAAUUGAAGAUUUUGAAGCAGGAUGUGGUACGCAUGACUUUCUUGGGAAGAAGUACGGCGUAGGAUCUUCUACGGUCACGAGAAUAAUCCAAAAGAAAGAAGCAAUUCGUGAGGCGGUGGACAAGUUCAAGGAAUAUGGUGUAAAUAAUCGAAAAACAUUGAAAGAGCAGACGUUCCCUUUGCUGGAAGAAGCUCUUUACAUCUGGAUUUUACAGCAGCGGCAGUCCAACAUUUUGUUGACAGUGGAUAUUCUUAAAGCAAAGUCGGAGCUGCUGUUUAAGAUGUUCCAGGACCGGGGGCUCUAUGCGGUGCACGGUUUUUCUGCUUCGGAUGGCUGGAUGCAUCGUUUUAAGCAGCGGUUUGGAUUGCGCGUGAAAGCCGUAACAGGAGAAAAGGCAUCGGUAAACGUUGAAGCGUACCUAAAUUUCAAGAAGGUUCUACAGAAGAAGAUUCAGGAAAUGCAGCUAUCACUAUCCCAAGUCUUUAAUGCAGAUGAAUCUGCCUUGUUCAUCAAGCUCCUAGCCACACGCUCUGUCGUUACCUGUGAUGAGACCGUGGCAAGCGGACGGAAGCAAAACAAGACAAGGUAUACGUUUAUGCCUUGCUCCAACAUAGAUGGUUCCCUAAAGCUUCCGUUGUAUUUCAUUUGCACUGCUGCAAAACCACGAGGAAUCAAUAUCAAAGAACUUCCCGUUUCAUAUAAUCAUUCCAAAAAGGCUUGGAUGACCAGACUGUUGUUCCGUCAAUGGUUCCACGAAGAGUUUGUCCCCGCUGUUCGAAAAUUUUCGGCCGAGAGAGGAUUGGAGCCAAAGGCAUUGCUGGUUCUUGAUAAUUGCACCAGUCAUUAUGACGUUGACGAAUCUCUACAGAGUGACGAUGGACUAAUUCAAGUGAUCUACCUCCCACCAAAUGUAACUGCUGAAUGCCAGCCGAUGGACCAAUCGGUCAUCAAUGCAAUCAAGCGAAAGUAUAAAAGAAAACUGAUGCUCGCAUUAAUUCUGGAAAACGAACACUUAAGUUUCGAAGAACGAUUGAAGAAGAUUAAUCUUCAACAGUGUAUUUCGUGGUUGGCAACCUCUUGGGAGGAGAUAUCUGACAAAACUAUACGUAAUUCGUGGAAGAAAUUGAUCGAUGGUUUGCCGGAGGAUGCUGUUAAUGUAGACUCGAAAGCGGCCGAUGAUGACUUCAAAGCGCUUGUGUCCAGGAUUGACAGUUUGGCAGGAACAAAAACAUCUGAGCAAGAUAUUGAUCUGUGGAUCAAAGAUCAGGUGUAUGAUGGUGAUCAUAAUCCAGAUUGGGUAACCAGUGAAGUGUUCUCUGAUGACGAGAUUUUGUCAUCAGUUCUCAAGAAAGAUCAACCUGAAAUGCAAGAAGAAUGGUUGGUAGACACAGAAGAUGGAACGACUGAUGCGUGGGCCACUGUAACUCCAGAAACGAUUGCUAACUGUUGGCGCAAUCUCUUAAGUCAAGAUCAAAACUAUAACUCCUUCAAGGAUUUCACAAUUUCUUCACCAACAAGUGACCCCCGCGUGUUGCUUUCUAAAGUAGUGCAACUCGUUGAUCCAAACUACGAACUGACCGAAGAAGAAGUUCAAGAGUGGCUAAGCAACUCAGACAACAUAGAUGUAGCGCAAAUAUAUACCGACGAGCAAUUGGCCAAGCCUCUGGUGGUGACUUUUUCGAGGCCGACCAUGAAGAGCAAGAUUGCGAUGCUAACGAAAGUGCUGAGGGUGAUCUUAGUACUUCGGUUAUAUGUACUCUUGGAGCAGUCAAUCCGAAAAACGCAAUUAUUAUAA